AUGAAGCUCCAGAUCGCUGCCAGCUUCCUCAUCGGAGGCGCGGUUGCUAUUCCAGGUUCGAUCCCCUGCGCGUGCCCUGAGAAGACGGUCACCGUGACUGAGCCCUGCGCUGCCCCGUCCUUGUCUACUGCUUCCGCGGCGGAGCCGGCGACGACGACGACGUCCUCGUCGGCUUUCACUUCUGUGGUGGCGGAGACGGGGCCUUCCUCCUCUUCUAUCCCUCCCGCGACAUCUCUUUCGUCUUCUACUUCCUCUGUGAUAGAGACAUCAAUGGCAUCUGACUGGUCCUCUUCUUCUACUGCCGUGAUAGGGACAGCCCCCAAUCCCUCCUCAUCUUCUGUCAUUCAUUCCACCGAGUCGAGCACCACGGUCUCCACGUCCUCGACACCCUCCAGCACUGGAGAAUCCGAGGCGUGUACCAAUAACGACGAUGGUAUCUGGACCAGAGACAACUACAGCGAGAAUGACGUUGGCGAAUGGUACAACGACUGGUACAAGGACAACAUCGAGGGCGAUGACCAGAUCGACGAGACCUUCGCCGCAUACUGGGGCCUGGGUCCCAGCUUCUCCUGCGACAUCCUCAACCAGUGUGAUGCCCCCCAGUGCAGUGCGCUACGGCGCCCCGACCAGGCCUACGACUAUGAGAACGCAGCCAUGUUCCUGGCAUCCAUGUCCAACUUCAACGCUCAUUACAGCAAGAUCUACGAGAACCUGGACGGUGCGAAGAUUGAUUUUGGGGCCAUCGAGGCUGUCCUCCAGCAGACUUUCUACCCGGGGGUUACCAAGGCCGAUAUGGCCACGAUCCAGGGAUUGAGCGGUGGGCAGGCCGCCAUUGGUAUUGCGUCUGCGUGGAGUGGCCCCGCAGCGCCUCUCGUCAACACAUUCAAGGAGAUCUACGGCGGCGUGUCGAGGGGAAUCAGUGCCUUCCUGAAGGCGAGCGAUAAGAGCGCUCAGAACAUGGCCAGUCUCGAGGAGAACUUCACAGGGAAGAUGGACGAGAUCCGAAAGACCUUUGCAGAAAUCCACGACAACGUGAUCAAAUGGGGGGUGCACAACUUCACCAUGAUCGACACCAUCUUCGAGGGCGGUACCUAUGUUGAUGACCGUGAGAUUGCCAUCUUGCACGAUGUCAGCAACGAGGAUCUCCGCGACUAUAUUCGCGAGCAAUUGUUCGCUAUGAUUAUCAACGAUGCGUGGCUCAAGCAGGGUGCCUAUAUCCUGUCGCGCCCCAUGGACGAGGCGGAUUGCAAAGAGUAUAGCGUAUCUCGCUUCGAAGCUAUGCCCGACCAUCUCUGCUACGACAACCGCAUCUACUGGCUCUACAAGUACCUUGGAUCAAGCUUUUCCGCGACAAGCGGUCUCGAUCCCCUUCCAGGAUCCAAGGAAGACCUCGAGAAGCACGUCGGUAUCACCACGCAGGACGCCAUGCUGUCCGCCAUCGAGGCGUACAACGACGGUGGUUACAAGUACGAGUCGGCUGACGACACCGACCAUCUCUUCGACGGCGACAUCCAGGAGAAGAUUGACAUGAAGAGCCGCGUCAAGGGCUUCUGGAGCUUCCCCAUCUGCGAUAUCGAGACCUCCGACGAGUUCGAGAAGACCGGCCUUCAGGAUGACCCAACUUCUGUCUACUGGUCGACUGUCGACCAUAACCGCCCUGCCCAUAGCAAGGGCUCGGAUGGUAUCCAAAUGUGCCUCUGCGCGACUGCCAAAGACCGCCAGGGCGUCUCUAUCAAGGAGCUCGAGAGCCCCGGUGACGGCUCGUUCAGGGCUAUCCUCGACGCCCCCGAGCACCAGUCAUGCAACUUGAAGGAGAAGCUUACCUUCAGGUAG